UAUGACACAUCAGACAGUAUCGAGAUUAUUAACGUAAACGUUAAACGUGAUGUCGAUUCAGAUUCGUCACUUUGCGAAUUCGAUGAUGACGUAUUUGGCCCCGAUUGGGUUGAUGACAAAGAAGACGGAAAUCAAAAUAUUUAUGAAAAUAAUGAUACUUCUUCUGACUAUGAAAGUGACGACGGUAUGACAGGUAAUAAUUGGACAGAACAUUUUUAUGAACCGCAUACCAAUGCGCAUAUAACUUUCAAUCCUCAUAAUUUACCAGUUGGAGUUAACCCUGAUCUUAUAGAGACAUUGUCUUUAGCUAGCCCAUUCACAUUUUUUUCCUUGUUUUUUGACGAAGAAAUUAUUAACUUACUUGUAGUUGAAACUAACAAAUAUGCAAAUGAUAAACUCAGUGAACCAGGUUUAAGUCGAAACGCUAGAUUAAGAAAAUGGAAGGAUGUUGAUAAAACAGAAAUAAAAAAACUUUUUGGUAUUAUUAUGUGGAUGGGGUUAGUUAAAAUGCCUUGUAUUUCUAAUUAUUGGAGUACUAAUAAACUGUACAAUAGUUAUAUUUCUUCAUAUAUGUCUCGAAAUCGUUUCGAAUUACUUUUGAGUAUGCUCCAUGUUUCGGAUAACAGCAAAGCUCGUCCUGAUGAUCGGUUGUACAAAAUUCAACCUCUAAUAGAUCUAUUGGUUCAUAAAUACAACAGUGCAUUAAUUCCUGAACAGAAUGUUUGUAUUGAUGAGUCUAUUGUGCCAUUUAAAGGACGACUUAAAUUUCGUCAAUUUAUUUCAAAUAAAAGACAUCGAUAUGGAAUAAAAAUUUUUAAAUUAUGUACACGCGAUUUUUACACAUCUCAAUACAAAGUAUAUGCAGGGAAAGAAGCUACACCAGGGCAAUCAGUUUCUUCAAAAGUUGUGAUGGAGUUGAUGGAACCAUACUUGGAUAGUGGAAGAGUUUUAUUUGCAGACAAUUGGUACAAUAGCGUUGAUAUGGCGGAAAAAUUAUUAUGCAGAAAUACUCAUCUCGUUGGAACACUUAGAGCAAAUAGGAAACGAAAUCCAACAGGCGUUACUAAGAAAAAAAUUUCAAAAGGAGAAACUGUUGCAAAGAUCAAUAAUAAAGGAGUAACUGUGCUAAAAUGGAAGGAUAAACGUGAAGUACUUAUGAUAAGUACUAAACAUACAAAUAAAAUUAUAAGCGUUGAUAGAAGUAGAAAAACUGUUAAACAAAAACCAGAAGUAGUUGUCGAUUACAAUACUGGAAAGGGAUAUAUAAAUCUUACUGAUCAGCUACAGUCAUAUCAUUCGGCUUUACGAAAAUCGCUAAAGUGGUACAGAAAAAUAAUUAUAGACUUGAUCUGUAAUAUAUCUGUACUAAAUGCCCUUUCCUUGUUCAUUGGUGUAAGUGGCCAAAAAAUGAAAAUUAUGAAAUUUCGAGAAGCAAUUAUUGAAGAGCUUUUACGAAACGAUGAUGAAGACACACAACAAUCUGAAUUAAUACAGCCACUACCAACACUAGAUCAUACAUUGGAAAAAUCUCCGAAAACAUCAAGGUGCAAAUCAUGUUACAGCUUACUGGAAGACAAAUUGCACAAAAAAAAAAACAAAAAGGAUCAAAACAAGAUGUAA